AGCCAUAAUGGGCACCCUGAGGUGGCUUGUCUGGGCUGGGCUGGGCUACCUGAGCUGCUGCUGUCUCCCUGGGGCGCAGGCACAGUUCCCCCGUGCCUGCAUGACGGUGGAUGCCCUUCGCUUGAAGCGCUGCUGCCCGGCAUUGGGGACAGAUCCAGGCAACAUCUGUGGGUCUCUGCAGGGCAGGGGUCAGUGUCAGGAGGUUCAGGUGGACACUCAGCCGUGGAGUGGCCCCUACACCCUUCGAAAUGUGGAUGACCGGGAACGGUGGCCCCUCAAAUUCUUCAACCAGAGCUGUCGGUGCACAGGAAACUUUGCCAGCUAUAACUGCGGUGACUGCAAGUUUGGCUGGACCGGCCCCGACUGCAAUGUGAGGAAGCCACCAGUUGUCAGGAAGGAUGUCCACUCCCUGACAGCAGAGGAGAGAGAGCAGUUCUUUGAUGCUCUAGACCGUGCAAAGACAACCAUUCACCCAGACUAUGUAAUUGCAACUCAGCACUGGCUAAGUCUGCUUGGCCCCACUGGAGAGGAACCACAAAUUGCCAACUGCAGUAUUUAUAACUACUUUGUCUGGCUUCAUUACUACUCAGUCAGAGACACGCUAUUAGGACCUGGUCGCCCCUUCACAGCUAUCGAUUUCUCCCAUCAAGGACCUGCCUUUGUUACCUGGCAUAGGUACCAUUUGCUGUUGCUGGAGAGAGACCUGCAGCGACUGAUAGGCAAUGAUUCCUUCGCGCUGCCCUACUGGAACUUCGCCACGGGUAGAAACGAGUGCGAUGUCUGCACGGACCAGCUCUUCGGAGCAUCGCGGCCAGAUGACUCUGGGCUGAUCAGCCUGAGCUCGAGGUUCUCCCAGUGGCAAAUAGUUUGUAACAGCUUGGAUGACUACAACCGCCUGGUCACGCUGUGCAACGGGAGUAAUGAAGGGCCACUGAGGCGGGGACCGGCCGGGGGCUCCAGCCAGCAGCUGCCCACUGCAGAGGAUGUCAGGAGGUGCCUUUCCUUGCAGGAGUUUGACAGCCCCCCCUUUUUUCACAAUUCCAGUUUCAGUUUCAGGAAUGCACUGGAGGGCUUCGAUAAACCAGGUGGAGCCCUUAACUCACCGAUGCUGAGCCUUCAUAAUUUGGCUCACUCUGUCCUGAAUGGGACCAGCGUUCUCCCGCAUGCUGCCGCCAAUGAUCCCAUCUUUGUGGUUCUUCACUCCUUUACUGAUGCCAUCUUUGAUGAGUGGAUGAAGCGGUUUCAGCCCCCUGACAAUGCCUGGCCUGAGGAGCUGGCUCCCAUUGGUCACAACAGACUGUAUAACAUGGUCCCUUUUUUCCCUCCUGUGACCAACGACGAGCUCUUCCAAACUGCAGAGCAGCUUGGCUACACCUAUGCCAUUGACCUGCCAG